AUGCUGCUUGCUUUCGGAUCAAAUGGCUCGGGUCAGCUAGGAAUCAGGCAUGAAGACGAUGUCUCCGCACCCCAGACAUGCGCUCUUCCACCCUCAUUUGAAGCAGCGGCUCAUGUCCACAUAGCCGCCGGUGGGAACCACACCCUAGUCCUCGCGCGCUCAAAGCCCUGUUCGCCAGACGCUCUAUCUUCUGUGAUGUAUGCUUCUGGCGACAACAGUGACGGACGAUGCGGGAACAGUUCACGCCGGCUAAACACCUUCCGGCACGCUGACCUCCGCAUCAACAACGGCGCUCCACUUUACGAUGUAAAGCUCUGCUCAGCAACCUGGGAGGCAUCCAUCUUCGUAACCACAGAGGAUGCGGUUUUCAGCUGCGGGACCGGCCUAAAAGGGGAACUCGGACUCGGGAAAGAGGUGACCCAAGCAACUUCACCACAACUCAUCAUCAACUUCCCACCCAAGGACACCCGAAUCGUUGAUCUUGCCUCCAGUAUGGGCCACACGGUAGCUGUCCUGUCGAACGGAGACGUUUACGGUUGGGGCCAGGGCCGCAAAGGUCAGCUUGGGCAUCCGGCUGAGAUUUGCUGGGAGCCCCGGAAGAUCGAUGGAAUUGGAUUCAAAGCCGUUCGUGCAGUUUGUGGCAAAGACUUCGUAUAUGUCGUAGGCACCCCUGAGGAAGGAACCCACACGGUUCUGGGCUCGGACAAGUGGUUUGUGCGAUCAACCGCCCCGGAAAGUAUUGCUGGUUGGAAAAGCAUAAGCGCAAGCUGGGGUGGCAUCUAUCUUCUUCUCGAAUCUGGUAAGCUCAUUGGGUGGGGAAGAAACGAUCACGGCCAACUGCCGCCAGCAAACAUUCCGCUCAUUGAAUACUUCGCUGCUGGAAGUGAGCACGUGCUUGUAAGGACAAAGACUGGCAAGAUCCUGGCUUGGGGUUGGGGUGAGCACGGUAAUUGCGGAGCGCCAACAGCGGCCGGCGGUGAUGAUGUGGCUGAUAGGUGGAAUGAGAUUGAGGUCGAAGGCGUGGUGAUGGGAGUUGCUCAAAGCUCUCUCACUACUUACGAAGCCGUCGUGGGGCUGCAUCUAGACACAUAA